AUGUUCGGCAAUUGUGUUGUGUUAUUCUGCCUUCUUGCGACUGUUAUUCAUAAUACCACAGCCCUGCCAAUCACCUACCCAUCGCUCAACUCCAUUUACAACCAAAUCCCGCCAGACGCGAUCGCUGGCACGCCUGUCAUAACCGAGAUAGAGCCAUCAUUACAAUUCGGUGACAUGUCAGUUACAGGCGAACUGCCGGUAGGUGGCAGCAUAAGAGUGAAGGGUAUCUUCCCUGUUUAUGGCUCCGUAGUAGUCGAUGGCAGUCUGCCUUCAUCAGGCACGGCUGUUGUUAACACCGGUUGUGUGAAUACGCAAGUUAUUUAAGAGAUUAAUAAAUUAUUUUUGUU